AAAUUCGCUAACAUGUACACCCUCAAAACCAAACUCCGUAAGGGAUCGUACGCAACAGUGUGGGAAUGCCAACAUUUAGAAACCAAAGAAACCUUUGCCGUCAAAGUGAUUCAACGCAAAGAACUCCAACCAAAAGACGACGAGGCCGUCCUAAACGAAGUAGCGAUCAUGCAGUCGUUAAUGGGCAACAAGUAUGUGGUGCAACUUUUGGAUUUUUACGAAGAAGAGGACUGUUUCUAUAUUGUUAUGGAGUACAUGACGGGCGGGGAUGUCUUUGAUCGUAUCGUGGAAAAGACGCAGUACACCGAAAAGGAUGCACGAGAUCUAACCCUGAUCCUCCUCAAGGCGGUCAGUUCUUUGCACCAAGCCGGUAUCGCACACCGCGAUCUUAAGCCGCAAAACUUGCUGCUCGAAUCAAAACUCAAUAAUGCCCGCAUCAAACUCGGUGACUUUGGCUUUGCUCGUCGUGUACAUACGCCUGAAAGUUUGACAACACGUGUGGGGACGCCCACUUACGUGGCCCCAGAAAUUCUAAAGAAUAUACCGCACGACCAACGCGUGGAUAUGUGGAGCGUCGGCGUAAUUAUCUAUGUAUUAUUGGUCGGCUAUCCACCUUUUUUGGAAGACAGUCAAUCCGACCUUUUCCUCAAAAUUCGAACCUGCGAUUGGAAAUUUAUGGAGAACGAUUGGAAACACAUCUCCAAAGAUGCCAAGGCCUUGAUCAAAGGCCUACUCGUGUCGGAUCCUAAGGAGCGCUGGUCCAUGCGGGAGGCUCUGCGCUGUUCUUGGAUU